AUGGCAUCUACACACGAACCCCGACUCAUCGUCAUUGGGUGCGGAGUUGCCGGCAUUGCUCUUUCAGCACGACUUCGCUUCGAUCUCGGCCAAAGGAACUUCAUCAUCUACGAGCGUGAAAAGUCUGCGGGCGGUACUUGGUUCUUGAACACUUAUCCUGGCGUGGGCUGUGACGCUGAUUCACAUCUGUACUCUUUUUCAUUCAACCCGAAUCCAAACUGGUCAAAGCGUUUUGCUGAGCAGCCCGAAAUCCUGCAGUAUCUGAACGACACUGUUGACAAAUUUGGCAUCCGGCCACAUGUUCGCCUUGGCGUCGAAGUUAUAGAGUCAACAUGGUUGAGUACGCAAUCUGUAUGGCGGGUCGGUUUGCACGAUCUGGAAACCGAUCACUACUUCGUCCAAGGUCCACCACAUACAAAGCACUUGACCGGCCUUGUCUGCUGGAUCGAUCGUCACACCAAGCUCCGUCACUCCAGCCUUGAUGUCCCUCUUGGUCAAAAGAUCGGCCUUGAUGUCCCUCUUGGUCAAAACAUCGGGAUCCGCUUCGGUGCCGCGAGUCUGGAAGCAAACCGUCUCGUAGAUACUCGACUAUCUGUUAGGCCCAGAGACGUCUACAGAUCGAGUGACUGGGACAACUCGAAGCCAAUCAUUGUCCGUAGAUAA